CAGGAGGAGGCGGCGGGAGGCGCUCCCUCCCCGGCGGGCGGGCGGGCAGGCGGCGAGGCGCGGGCAGGACAAUGGAGGUGGCUGUGGAGAAGGCGGCGGCCGGCCCGGCGGCGGCGGCCUCCGGGGGCCCAGCGGCGGCGCCGAGCGGCGAGAACGAGGCCGAGAGCCGGCAGGGCCCGGACUCGGAGCGUGGCGGCGAGGCGGCCCGCCUCAACCUGUUGGACACUUGCGCCGUGUGCCACCAGAACAUCCAGAGCCGCGCGCCCAAGCUGCUGCCCUGCCUGCACUCUUUCUGCCAGCGCUGCCUGCCCGCGCCGCAGCGCUUCCUCAUGCUGCCCGCCUCCAUGCUCGGCCCGGUCGACACCCCUCCGCCCGCGCCGCCCGCCGCUGCCGCGCCGUCGCCCUUCGCCACGCAAGUUGGAGUCAUUCGUUGUCCAGUUUGCAGUCAAGAAUGUGCUGAGAGACACAUCAUAGAUAACUUCUUUGUGAAGGACACUACUGAGGUUCCCAGCAGUACAGUAGAAAAGUCCAAUCAGGUGUGCACUAGCUGUGAGGACAAUGCGGAAGCAAAUGGCUUUUGUGUGGAGUGUGUGGAGUGGCUCUGCAAGACCUGCAUUAGAGCCCAUCAGAGGGUCAAGUUCACAAAAGACCACACUGUCAGACAGAAAGAGGAGGUAUCUCCAGAAGCAGUUGGUGUGACCAGUCAAAGGCCAGUGUUUUGCCCUUUCCAUAAAAAGGAGCAGCUGAAGCUCUACUGUGAGACUUGUGACAAACUCACCUGUCGGGAUUGCCAGUUACUUGAACAUAAAGAGCACAGAUAUCAAUUUAUAGAAGAAGCUUUUCAGAACCAGAAAGUGAUCAUAGAUACACUAAUCACCAAACUCAUGGAGAAAACAAAAUACAUAAAAUUCACAGGAAAUCAGAUCCAAAACAGAAUAAUUGAAGUAAAUCAAAAUCAAAAGCAGGUGGAGCAGGAUAUCAAAGUUGCUAUAUUUACACUAAUGGUGGAAAUAAAUAAAAAAGGGAAAGCCCUGUUGCAUCAACUAGAGAGUCUUGCAAAGGACCAUCGCAUGAAGCUCAUGCAACAGCAGCAGGAAGUGGCUGGACUUUCUAAACAGUUGGAACAUGUCAUGCAUUUCUCUAAGUGGGCCGUUUCCAGUGGUAGCAGCACGGCGUUGCUUUAUAGCAAGCGCCUGAUUACGUACCGGUUACGGCACCUCCUUCGAGCAAGGUGUGAUGCUUCGCCAGCAACCAACAACACCAUCCAGUUUCACUGUGAUCCUAGUUUUUGGGCUCAAAACAUUAUCAAUUUAGGUUCUUUAGUCGUUGAGGAUAAGGAAAGCCAGCCACAAAUGCCCAAGCAGAAUCCUGCCACGGAGCAGAACCCACAGUCACCAGGUGGUUUCUCUUCAAACCAGUUAUCCAAGUUCCCAACCCAGAUCAGCCUAGCUCAGUUACGUCUUCAGCACAUGCAGCAACAGGUAAUGGCUCAGACGCAACAGGUGCAACGGAGGCCAGCACCUGUGGGUUUACCAAGCCCUAGAAUGCAGGGGCCCAUCCAGCAACCUUCCAUCUCUCACCAGCAACCCCCUCCACGCUUGAUAAAUUAUCAGAAUCACAGCUCCAAACCCAAUGGACCAAUCCUCCCUCCUCAUCCUCAGCAACUGAGAUACCCACCAAGCCAGAGCAUCCCACGGCCUGCAAUAAAGCCCAACCCCCUACAGAUGGCUUUCUUGGCGCAGCAAGCCAUCAAGCAGUGGCAGAUCAGCAGUGGGCAGGCUGCCCCAUCCACUGCCAACAGCACAUCCUCCACCCCUUCCAGCCCCACCAUUACCAGCGCAGCGGGGUAUGAUGGAAAGACUUUUGGCUCCCCUGUGAUCGAUUUGAGUUCCCCCGUGGGAGGGUCUUACAACCUUCCUUCUCUUCCAGAUAUUGACUGUUCGAGUACUAUCAUGCUGGACAGCGUUGUGAGGAAGGAUCCCAGCACAGAUCACAGCCAGCCAAGACCACCUUCAAACCGAACAGUACAGUCGCCAAAUUCCUCAGUGCCAUCCCCUGGCCUUGCAGGGCCCAUCACUAUGACCAGUGUCCACCCCCCAAUGCGCUCACCUAGUGCCUCCAGCGUCGGGAGCCGAGGAAGCUCUGGCUCUUGUAGCAAACCAGCAGGAGCUGACUCUACACACAAAGUCCCCGUGGUCAUGCUGGAGCCCAUCCGAAUAAAACAAGAAAACAGCGGACCGCCUGAGAAUUACGACUUUCCUGUUGUGAUAGUAAAACAAGAGUCAGAUGAAGACUCCAGACCUCAAAAUACCAACUAUCCCAGAAGCAUCCUCACCACCCUGCUCCUCAACAGCAGCCAGGGCUCUGCUUCUGAGGAGGUUGCGCCCCGGUCUGACGCUCCAGACAGCACAGGAGACCAGCCUGGGCUCCACCAGGAAAGUGCCUCCAACGGCAAGUCCAAGUGGCUGGACACUGCCCAGAAGUCCCCCCUCCAUGUUGGAGACACAAGGAAAGAGGAUGAUCCCAACGAGGAUUGGUGUGCGGUGUGUCAGAAUGGGGGGGAGCUCCUGUGCUGUGAGAAGUGUCCCAAAGUGUUCCACCUCUCCUGCCACGUGCCCACACUGGCCAACUUCCCCAGUGGAGAGUGGAUUUGCACCUUCUGCCGAGACUUCUCUAAGCCUGAAGUUGACUAUGAUUGUGAUUCUCCCAGUCCCCACUCAGAGAAAAAGAAAAGUGAAGGCUUGGGCAGCUUAACUCCAAUAGACAAAAGGAAGUGUGAGCGGCUCCUUUUAUUUCUUUACUGCCAUGAAAUGAGCCUGGCUUUUCAGGACCCAGUGCCUCUAACCGUGCCUGAUUAUUACAAAAUAAUUAAAAAUCCAAUGGACUUGUCAACCAUCAAGAGAAGACUGCAAGAGGAUUAUUCCCUGUAUACAAAGCCUGAAGAUUUUGUAGCUGACUUUAGAUUAAUCUUUCAAAACUGUGCAGAAUUCAAUGAGCCUGAUUCAGAAGUCGCCAAUGCUGGUAUAAAACUUGAAAGCUAUUUUGAAGAACUUCUAAAGAACCUUUAUCCAGAGAAAAGGUUUCCUAAGAUAGAAUUCAGAAACGAAUCAGAAGAUAAUAAAUUUAGUGAUGAUUCAGACGAUGACUUUGUACAGCCCCGGAAGAAACGCCUCAAAAGCCUCGAGGAGCGUCAGUUGCUUAAAUAAACAGUACCUCCGACUUGGGCUGCGUUCUAGAUUCUCCUUGUUCGAGGUUUCCAGGAACGUUUAAUCAGUGGUUACAACUGUACAGGGAAGGACUUGUGGCCACUCUGAUUUUGACUAGACAUUGGUUUCCUUAAUAACCUAUUUCUUUUAACCUCUUA